GCAGAGCGCCGCGCUGAACAGCAUUUCCAAAAGAUGAUCUUCUUGGUGACGGACAGCGUGCUGGGUGCCAAGGUCCUCAUCUCUGCGCAUACGACAACUGACGACGUAUGUAUCCGUGUUGAAGGCAACAGACAACAGAUCGAAGAUAUGAUCAAGGAGAGGAUGCGACAGCACAAGCUGACGGCUGCCCACUACAAGCAUCACCAAUACCGGAGGUCUGUUCCUGACGAACCACCUCUCGGAAAG